AGUCAUUCAAAAACAUUGGAUACGGUUCAGUUUUACGAACAGAAUUUAUCGCGUACUUCAAUUUUUAAAAUGAAAUACGGUUAAUGUUGAGCCAAAUAGAAUACAUAAUAAUUUUUACGUGCCGGACUUGUGUCAAAUACGGUAUAAGACGACAUAGAAAUAUUAAGGGAUUCUGUUAAACGUUACUGUGGUUAAUGACGAUACGAAGUAAAAAUUUGAAUGUUUCAUCAAUGGAGAAUAUAUUGUUAAUUACUUAUUUAUAAAUAUUCCGUUUUUAUUUUGUUUGAAAUAUGACGAAAAUGAGGGCAAUCGAUGAGAUGGAGCAAAGGGAUCUCCCGCAAGCAUUCCGCCUGCUUGGGGAGAUGAAUGCCAAUGUCUUACAAGUAAAUCAACUUGUAGAUAAUAUGUUGAUUCGUGUAAAAAAUGGGGAAAUUUCUACAGACAAUGGUCUUAGUUUCCUAGAAAUGAAAUAUCAUAUGUUAAUUUCUUAUCUGAUUAAUUUGACUUAUGUAGUUUUAAGAAAAUGUUCAGGAGAACGUAUAGAGGGAGAUCCAUCGAUUGAUCGUUUAAUUGAAAUCAGGACUGUCCUAGAGAAAAUCCGACCAAUAGAUCACAAACUUAAAUAUCAAAUAGAUAAGCUCGUUAAGACUGCUGUAACUGGUACUACUAACAAUGACGACCCAAGUAAUUUUAAAGCAAAUCCCGAUGCACUGAUUGCCAAGAUUGAUAGUAUCGAUGAAGAAUCGGACAGCGAUCAGGAUGGCGAAGUAGAUGGUUUUAAAUCGACACAAUCGAGGAAGUCCAAUAUUUAUGUACCACCAAAACUUGCCGCAGUACACUAUGAUGGAGAUGAGACAGUCGCAGAAAAGGUUCGUAAAGCUGGUGAAAGAGCUCGUAGACGUGCAGUGUCGGGUGCUGUUUUGAGGGAAUUAAAGGAAGAAUAUUUAGAUGCACCUAUCGAAGACACGCAUGGUCUAAGCGAGAAACAAGUCAGCCUCGGCCGUGAGAAUAAACGAAAGAUAGAAUACGAGGAAACUUACAUGACUCGUUUGCCAGUCACUAAACAAGAAAAACACAGACGCCGUCAAAUGACAACUCUUGGUACACUUGGAGAAGAAAUAACAUCUUUUGGGGAAUCAUCUACUGUGUCUGAUAAAAAAAGAAAAACUCAGAAAAAAGGCAAAGCUAAAAAAAGUUUCAAGAAAAAACGGCAUCACUAAAUCAACUUUACAAUAAUUUAAAAAGCUGAAUUUCGUACAGCAUUAAUAAUUAAGGUAAAACGCAAAAAAUUUACUUCAAUUCUUCUUGACAAAAGCAGAUGCCAUUAAUACUCGUUAAUAAGUUAAGCUAAAUAACUCAUAACAUCUAGUAAUAAAAAAAACAACCGUCGACGGUAAAGUAAAAUAGCACGAUGGUAAUUUAUUACUGCAUAAGACAUACUAAUGGUCGUGUAAUUGAUAAUUAUAGUUAAUAAUGAUUUUAACCUUUAAUUGUUGUCUGAAAUCAAUUUUUAUCUAUGGAGUUGAAAUAUUCCAUGAAACGCAAGAAAUAAUAUUCCGAGAUGUGAAGAAUAAUGUCAAGGUACAUACGAGCUUAACUUAUAAUUAAAAAAAUUACGUGUAACCGUGACACAAUUAAUCAAAUAAUGGAUUUCGGCUCCAAGAUCUAAAAUUGUAAAUUAAACGUAAAAGUUGAAAGCAGAAGAUUUUUCUGCUUUAUUUUGAGAUAUUCUCCAGCUAUAGGAAAAAAAAAAAAACUGGUAACAUAGCAGGAGGGAUGAUAUUGAAUUAAUUGUUACAGAAGCGUAAAAAUCACAAGACAUUCAGUGCAAGCAUUAGAAAAUUCAACUUUAAUAAAGGAAAAUGUCUCUAGAAAUUGCAAAUAUUCUGCAACUUCUAAGAAUAAUGUUCAUCAUGCGAUAUCGCAUGUCUUAGGAUUUUCUCGCUAUUUUAGAGUAGUGAAGUAGUUACUAGUUUUACUAUUAUAUGUAUAUUUCGUUUGUGUUUUUCCCCUGGUGAACUGUUGAGGCUAUUAUAUCUCGAUGUGAGUCAUAUUUUAUGUUAAGUUUCUUUGUUUACAAUGUGUCCGUGCAUUGUAUUUGUUGUUUUAACUUUAAAAUUGAUUUGGUUAAGUCGUUAAACUUAUAUUAAUGGUAAUAUAAGGAUAACACGAAUGUGUCAAAAUUCAAAAUUGAUGUCGUCAAUUUCUCGAGUACUGUUUAAGUUUACUGUGUUUAGUUUCUUAGGGAGGGGGUAUGUGUGAUAUUGGAAUAAAAACUAAUAUACGAAGACUAGAGCGAAAAUCACUUCUGCAAUAGAAUAAAGUGGUUGUACAAUCAAAUUGCAGGAAGUAUCCGUCUCUUGCGCUUAAAUAGGUUCCAUUUUUUAAAUAUUAGAUAUAACUAUUGGGUAUCUUUUUAAACCCAAAAGUAAUGUUUCCUUUUAAAAUAAAGGAAAGGGUAAUGUUAUAUGCAUUUAAUACAGAUCGUAUAUGGAUAUCUAUAUCCAUUGCUCGUUCCUGCAGAAGUGAUCCGCAUUACCUUCAAAAGUACUAAUUCGCUAUAUGCUAACCAAGGGCUCAACCAUCCAUAGAUGUUAUAUUUUUUACAAAAGUGUUCAUAGAUUGAGCCAACUUGGUAAUGCAUGAUGUUACAUGUGCCCUCUCUUUUUCAAUCUGUGAAGACGAUUAAAAUGUGAUAAAUUAUUCAUGAAAUAAUAGUUAAAGAAACUAACAAAAUAGCACAAUUGCUGGGCAUUAUUUACAAGUGCUAGUAAGCCUAAUGUCAGCAGCCUUGUCGUAUUUGGUAAUGAAGUUGGAAUACUGAAUAGCGGGAAGAUUUUGACGCAAAUAAUGUCAAGGCAUUCUUACAAAGUCUCAUGCUCGUUUUACGUAUGGCAUGUACAAAAUGACCGAUGCAAAAGUCACAGUAGAUUUCAAAAUUUGCCCGACAUUUAGUUUUCUCAUACUUUAUACAUAGAUGAUAAUUUUUGAAACACACUUACAACUGAAAUAACUGUAAGUCCAAAAUACCGAUUUGUGUGAGUGCGUGUGUGUGUAUAUUUAUAUAUACAUAUAUACAUAGAACAUAUUCCUUCGUUUAUACAUUCAGAACUGUUUAUAAAUAUUGAUAAAAGAAUAUCGUGUUGUUUACAACAAAUAAGAUUAUUACUGAGAAUAUGAUCUGAAAAUAUUUACAUACUUACGAUUGCAUCUGUUUAUUCAGUACAAAGUUUCCUAACAUGCUUUGCAUAUUUUGGACUUAUAGUGAAAGUGUAUGGGUGUGAAAAAUGUUCAUAUGAUACACAUAUCCGCACACAACAUAUAGCAGCAAAGUAAUAGGAUUACAUUGAAUACACUACCUCAAAUCAAUAGAAAUAUGGAUUUACAGUAAUAGAACUGCAUCAGUUACGUUUACAUUGUUGUGUCAUCAUUUAUUUAUAUAUUUACUGAUACCACCAUUCUGUUGCGAGAUAUAAUGGAAUAUAUUAUGCCUUAUGGAGAGAAGUGUCUAGGAUUUGUUAUCUUUGAACCUGCUUAGCAGGUGCGAAUCUUUUAAUGAUGUACAAAGAAAGCACAAAGUAUGUAAACGUCACUGUGGGCAGUGAGUUUAAAGUAGUCCUUCAAAUCCAACAACGCUGCCGAAUACCAAACUAAAAAAAAAUAACAAGAUAUCUUUGCAGCAAAAACGAGAUAAGGAUGAUUUAUUGACUACAUUUAUAGUCUGAAGAAUGUAAUGUUUCAUUUAUUGGUGAAAUUUCUAUAAUUUAUGUACUAUGACAAUUCAAUGUGUGUGAACGAGCGAUAGAGAAAGAUGGAAAAAUGAGAAAAGGAGAGAGAGUUUACCUGUAUAUUACAAAUGGUUAUUAUGGACGAAUUAUUAUUAUUAUUAUUAUUAUUAUUAUUAUGAAUUACUAUUAUU